AUGACUCAUGUUUUCACAGUGAACCUCCAAGUUUUUGUGCCAAAAGUGCUUCCACUAACAGAAAUAAUCCGAUACCUGGUGGCUUCUAGGCUUCAGAAAAACAGCAGUACCAAAUGCCAAAAUCUAGAAGUAGUUGGAGUCAGUUUGAAUAUAAAGGCUGGAAUUCAACACUUCUGUCUCCACCCUGGUGGAAGAGCAAUUAUAAAUGGGAUAGAUUUGGUAACACAUCAGCUGCUGGCUUUUGGUAUGCUUUGGGAUACAUGGAAGCCAAACAAAGGCUUAAGGUUUAAUGAAAUUUUCAAAAUACCGGGUUGUGUCCUCUCUUCCUUACAGCAAUUACACCACAAUGCCAUCAAACCCUUCUCUUCAAAAGUCGGACUCCAACACUGCAAUGAACUCCAGCGCCAUCAAGCCAUCUCGCCUCCUCUCAUUCGUGUUCGAAGCCUCAAUCCAACCCCCAGAUUUUUGUACCAGGCUCUGAAAGUUGCAAGCUUUCCAGGUACUAAAGCUUGGGCUACUUCUGAUUGCGGAGACAUGCACAUCAAUUUUCACAGUGAAGAAAGAGAAGGUGAUGGGUUAAGUCGUGGGAUAGAGAUGGAUGAUGAUGUAGAAGAAGAAUAUCAUGGUCAUGGUGCACAAGAAAUGGAAAUAAUAAGAAAUAGCAUUACUCAAAGUUUGAUGAGUGUGCGUAAUAACGUGAACAUUUGAAUAUGUUAUGAUAUUUUUUGUGGUUACUUGAUGCGAACCAGAAACUAAUUGUUAUUAAUGUUACUAAUAUAUGUGUAUAAGUUAUUUUUAAAA